GCUACUUUAUUACCGCUCCCCCUUCCCGGAACGUUCCUGCGCGGCCGCGGGGCCCGCCCGGCCCCUUCCGCACGCCGCGCCGGGGCUGCCCGCCGCGCUGCCUGAUCGCCGCCAACCGUUCCCGUUCCCGGCCCCGCCGCCGCGCCGGGAGCGAGCGGCGCCGCUGCCCGAGCCCGCCGGGAGGGGCGCGCGGAGCCGGCCCGGGGGGCACCGAGAGCCGCGGCGGGGGCGGAGGAAAGGAGCGGCGGGUGGUCAGGCGAACGGCGGGGGCGGCGCCGGGCAGGACCCCGCGGGGUCCUUCGGCGACGGGAGCGGAGGGAGCGCGAGCGGCGGCGGCGGCGGCGCGAUGAACCUCGAGCUGCUCGAGUCCUUCGGGCAGAACUACCCCGAGGAGGCGGACGGCACGCUGGACUGCAUCAGCAUGGCGCUGACGUGCACCUUCAACCGCUGGGGCACGCUGCUGGCCGUGGGCUGCAACGACGGCCGCAUCGUCAUCUGGGACUUCCUGACCCGCGGCAUCGCCAAGAUCAUCAGCGCCCACAUCCACCCCGUCUGCUCCCUCUGCUGGAGCCGGGACGGGCACAAGCUGGUCAGCGCCUCCACGGACAACAUCGUGUCGCAGUGGGACGUUCUGUCCGGGGACUGCGACCAGCGCUUCCGCUUCCCCUCGCCCAUCCUCAAGGUCCAGUACCACCCCCGCGACCAGAACAGGGUGCUGGUGUGUCCCAUGAAGUCGGCCCCGGUGAUGCUGACCCUGUCGGACUCCAAGCACGUGGUGCUGCCCGUGGACGACGACUCCGACCUCAACGUGGUGGCCUCGUUUGACCGCCGGGGGGAAUACAUCUACACCGGGAACGCCAAGGGCAAGAUCUUGGUCUUAAAAACAGACACUCAGGAUCUUGUUGCUUCCUUCAGAGUGACCACAGGGACCAGCAACACCACGGCCAUUAAAUCCAUCGAGUUCGCCCGCAAAGGGAGCUGCUUCCUGAUCAACACGGCCGACCGGAUCAUCCGCGUGUACGACGGGCGGGAGAUCCUGACCUGCGGGCGCGACGGCGAGCCCGAGCCCAUGCAGAAACUGCAGGACCUGGUCAACAGGACGCCCUGGAAGAAGUGCUGCUUCUCGGGGGACGGCGAGUACAUCGUGGCGGGCUCGGCGCGCCAGCACGCGCUCUACAUCUGGGAGAAGAGCAUCGGCAACCUGGUGAAGAUCCUGCACGGCACCCGCGGCGAGCUGCUGCUGGACGUGGCAUGGCACCCGGUGCGCCCCAUCAUCGCCUCCAUCUCCAGCGGGGUGGUUUCCAUUUGGGCUCAGAACCAGGUGGAAAACUGGAGUGCUUUUGCCCCUGAUUUCAAGGAGUUGGAUGAAAAUGUGGAAUAUGAGGAGAGGGAAUCGGAAUUCGACAUUGAGGAUGAGGAUAAGAGCGAGCCAGAGCAGACAGGGGCGGAUGCUGCCGAGGAUGAGGAGGUGGACGUGACCAGCGUGGAUCCCAUCGCCGCCUUCUGCAGCAGUGACGAGGAGCUGGAGGACGCGCGGGCGCUGCUGUACCUGCCCAUCGCGCCCGAGGUGGAGGACCCCGAGGAGAGCCCCUACGGGCCGCCCCCCGAGGCCGCGCCCGGCGCGCUGCCCGACGACCCGCUCGGCCCCGACAGGAAGCGCCCCGGCGCCCCCGACGGCGCCCAGAACCCCAAGAAAAAACCCAAAACCACCAACAUCGAGCUCCAGGGAGUCCCCAGUGAUGAAGUGCACCCGCUGCUGGGCGUGAAGGGCGACGGUAAAUCCAAGAAGAAGCAGGCGGGCAGGCCCAAAGGAUCCAAAGGUAAAGACAAAGAUUCUCCGUUCAAACCCAAACUCUACAAAGGGGACAGAGCCUCUUUCCCCCUGGAAGGAGCGGCCAAGGGCAAAGCGCAGGCGGAGCUGGGCCAGCCCCUGGCAGCAGGUGGUGCAAUCUCAGAGUUGCUAUGAAGACUCUCCCUUCUCUCCCUGUCUCCUUUCCUCUCUUGGCUCCCCGUGUGGAAAGGCCGGAAUUCCCAGGCAGGACUGGCACAGACUGAAUUAAUUCCGUGGAUUCAGGGAGGGAUUUGGGGCAGGAAUGACUCUGGAAGAGGGAGCCUCCGUCCCUCCUGCUGCCUCUCCGCGGAUCAGGCUGGCACUGAGCUCCAGCCGGGAAUUUUGGGGACAAAUCCCUGUCCCAAAGUGACCUGAGCCCCUUCCCUGCCGCUCCAGAGCUUCUCCACCUCUUAUCUCCCAAAAUCUCUCAGCAUUCCCGGAUGGAAGAGCAGCCCAAAGUGUGAGUUUGGAUUCCUGUCUCCUGCCAAGUCUCCCUUUUCCAGCUGGGAAUUCCCAUCUGGCUGAGCCAGGCUUUUCCCUGCCUGACAGGAUCAGGGCAGAGCUGCUGAUCCCAGCCCAAAUUUUCAGGAAUUUCCAGUGGGAUGUGAGGAGCUGAGGCCCCUCUGGAGUUUUCCUCGAUUUUGUGUUUAUUUUUCCCGCUCUGCCAGUGGCAGAAGGAGCAGCUCUAGAUUAAAAAAAAGUAAUUUUCCAAUGGAUUUUUUUAUUUUUUUCCCAGCCUCUGAUUCCCAAAGCUCUGCUGGAAUUCCCUCCUGUCCUUUCCAGUUUUGUUCCUUCUCUUCCCUGGGAAAUUCUCCUCCAGGAAUAUCCAGGCUCCUCCUUGAUAAAUGAAAACCAAUUUUUUCCUCAGAACCGAAGCAGAACUUUUCCAAAGGGUUGCUGUUUUUCCCACUUGAGGGUUAAAAAUGGAAGCUGGCAGCUCAUUCCCAACUUUUAUUCCUUCAGGAUUUCCUGUAGGAAUGGGAAUGGCACUUUCCCCAUCCAGCACUCACAGCCUGGCUCCUCUUAUCCCACACCAACAUCCUGAGCAAAGGAAAUUUCAUCCCUAAAUCCCUUUUUUUUCCCCCCAGACUUUGGAGUUUCAGUGUUUCCCAGGUGGAAUUAUUUGGAUUAUCAGGAGCUGUUUAAAUUUCCUGGGUGUCCUGCAGAACUCAAAAGCAGGAAAGGAAUUGGGAAGUGACGGAUUUGCAGCCAGAACUGUGCGGGUAUAAAAAUGAGGAGAGACAAAACAUUUGGAAAUCAGAGCUUUUGAAAUUUUCCAAAACUUGAUGUUUUCAUUCCCAGCUUUGGGGACAUUUGGGUUCAUUUGGGGAAAUUUAUGACCUUGAGUGUAAAAUUCCUUUUUUUUUUUUGGUCUUUUUGCCUGUGGGGUGACUCUGCCGUGCCAAACCCACCCUGGGUGCUGGGCCCAACCCCCCCAAAUUAAAAAUGCCCAGUCCAAGGUUCUGCAGGUUGGGUUAAAGCAGCGAAUCCCCCCAAAUUCAGCUUUCCCUCUGUACAGUGUAAAUGCCUUUGUUUAUUCCCAUCCUUCUUCUAUUUCCUGAUUUUUUCCCAUCCUUAUUUCCUGUUCCCAUCUUUAUUCCCAUCCUUAUUUCCUAGUCUGUUCCCAUCUUUCCAUCCUUAUUUUAUUUCCCGCUUUAUUCCCAUCCUUAUUUUAUUUCCUGGUUUGUUUCCAUCCUUCUUUCUUGCUUUAUUCCCAUCCUAAUUUCCUGGUCUGUUCCCAUCUGUAUUUUAUUUCCUGAUUAUUUCCAUCUUUAUUUUAUUUCCCAGUUUGUUUCCAUCCUUAUUUUAUUUCCUGCCUCAUUCCUGUCUCUGUUUUAUUUCUCACUUUGUUCCCUUCUUUAUUGUAUUUCCUUCUUUAUUCCCAUCCUUAUUUUAUUUUAUUUCCCGGUUUUUCCCAUCCUUAUUUUAUUUUCUUUCCUGCUUUAUUUCCAUCCUUAUUUUCUUUCCUGCUUUAUUCCCAACCUUAUUUUAUUUCCUGGUUAUUCCCAUCCUUGUUUUAUUUUAUUUCCUGCUUUGUUCCCAUCCUUAUUUUCUUUCCUGGUUUGUUCCCAUUUUUAUUUUAUUUCCCAGUUAUUCCAAUCUUUAUUUUAUUUCCUGGUUAUUCCCAUCUUUAUUUUAUUUCCCUAUUUUUUUCCCAUCCUUAUUUUAUUCCCUGGCUUUGUACAAUAUCCAGUCAGCUCCCGCAGCGGUGGUGGUUCUGUGUUUGUAAAUAAAGAGGUACCUUCCAUUUCCUAAAA